GUGAUCCAGGUUGUGCUGAUUGGCUAUGCAUAAUUCUGUAUACAUAUUUGAUGAUCAUUCUGAUGAUGAAAUCCCCACCCAGCAAGCUAUUCAGGAAAGCUUACAAGAUAUUCAUAAAAUGGAAAGAAGUGCCAAUGCAAUAGAGGAUGAAAGUUUCCUGUACGUUGCAAGCAAAGAACGUGAAGAGAUAAUUGCAGCAAUUCGCACAGGCCAAGAAGAGGCCUUGAAGAAGUUGGUGAGGCACAGUUCUGCUUUUGAGGAAGCAGAUCAGCAAGGCUGGCUUCCUAUGCAUGAGGCUGCAGCUCAGCUAAAUAAGAACAUCCUUGAAAUAACUUUAAAAGCCUCCCAUGCCUCUACAUGGGAACAGACCACACUAAGAGGGGAAACACCUCUCAUGGUGGCCGUCAGAAACUGCUUUUUGGAAAAUGUCCACUUUCUACUGCUCAAUGGUUGCAAUCCCAAUAUUAAGAAUGAAGAUGGAGAUUCUCCUUUAGUUGUAGCAAUUAAACACAAUUCAUAUGAGGUUGCCUCCUUGUUGAUAAAUUUUGGAGCAAAAGUGAAUUUGCAGUGUAUCCACAAGAGGACUGCUUUACACGAGGCUGCCAGGCUUGGCAGAAAGGAUCUGGUGAUGCUUCUGCUUCGUUCUGGAGCAGAUCCUGAUCCUCGCAGUGGAUAUGGGCUCACACCUCUAGCACUGGCUGCACAAGCUGGACAUACAGAAAUUAUGGAGCUCUUAUUGCAAAAAGGUGCUGAUGUUCUUUCACAGGCAAUGGAUUAUUCUUCUGUAUUAUUUGAAGCAGCAGGAGGAGGAAAUCCAGACUCUCUGAAUCUUUUGCUAGAAUAUGGGGCUGAUGCUAAUGUACCAAAGCACUCGGGUCAUUUACCAAUCCACAGAGCUGCAUAUAGAGGACAUUUUCUUGCCCUAAAGAAUUUAGUUCCAGUUACUAAUUUUGAUGCCAUUAAAGAAAGCGGAAUAAGUCCAAUUCACUCAGCAGCAGCAGGAGCACAUCCUCAGUGCCUCGAGUUUCUCCUCAAGUCUGGGUUUGAUGCCAAUUUUAUGCUGGAUCAAAGAAUUCGCAAAGGCUACGAUGACCGCCGGAAAUCAGCAUUGUACUUUGCUGUUUCAAAUGGGGAUAUCAGUUCAGCACAGUUGCUGUUGAAUGCUGGAGCCCUGCCAAACCAAGAUCCCAUCAACUGUCUCCAAAUAGCCUUGAGAAUGGGCAACUAUGAGUUAAUGAAUUUACUGCUCCGGCAUGGGGCUAAUGUUAAUUACUUCUGCAGAGUGAACACAACGCAUUUUCCAUCGGCUCUGCAGUAUGCUCUGAAAGAUGAAGUCAUGUUAAGAAUGCUGAUGAACUAUGGCUAUGAUGUGCACCGCUGCUUUGAUUGCCCUCGGGGAGAUGUUUCCCAUUCCCAGUACGUGACUGAUGGAUGGACUUCUACUGUUAUCAAAGAUACAAAGUUCUGUGAAGUGAUAACCUUGUCAUGGCUGAAGCAUCUUUGUGGGAAAGUAGUGCGAGUAAUGUUAGAUUAUGUUGAUCAUGUUAACAUCUGCUGGAAGCUAGAAGCAGCUCUCAAAGAGCAGGAGCUCUGGCCAGACAUCAAUUCGAUUUUAACAAAUCCUCGCUCCCUGAAACAUCUCUGUCGCCUGAAGAUACGGGAAUGCAUGGGCCGGCUGCGUCUCCGUUGUCCUGUCUUCAUGACCUUCCUUCCACUGCCCAACUGCUUGAAAGACUACAUACUAUACAAGGAAUAUGAUCUCUAUGGACCGGAAAGUUUCUUGGGAACCUCCAGUGUCAACUGCACAUAAUUAUUCUGUAUUUUGAAGGGAACGUCGAGCCUUAGAUGUGUAUGGUCCAUGUGACACUACGAAGGCAACAUCUGGCCACAGACUGAUGCCACAUGGUCUGACUGGAUAACAGCAAA